UGUACACAUUUUAUAUUCAAAUAUAAAACAAAUGUCGUUAUUAUAUAUUGUUUUUUUCGUUCAAAAUGGCUGUUUCAUUCGAUUAAUUUUUUAUAUUUAAUUAUAUUCAAUUAAUUUUUAUAUUUGAAAAAUUCUUGUUUAUAUUUACAUUUAUAAAUAAACAAAUUGCAGAAUGGAAUAUUAUAAUUCCAAAAAAAUAUGCGAUUUUUGUCCAUUAUUUCAUUUUGAUAGACCCAGUUGCACAAUAACAACAUGUAAUUUGCCCUUAUUAAAUAUUGAAAAAUAUAGAACUAAUCAACCAUAUCAUCCAAAAAUAGAAUCAAUUAAGGCUGUCAGAUUUAAACAACCUGUGAAUUCGCCUCAAUAUUGUGGUGAAUGGACAAAUUUAAUGUACCGUCCUAUUAUACAAGGAGGUUUUAGUUAUCGAGGAGUAUAUAAAUUAUUUCCUAUAGAUAUUCCACCAAAUUCUCCUGUAUUAUGUCGACCUACUCCUAUUCCACCUACCGAUUUUCGAGGAAUAACCGUAUAUUGUCGUCCAUAAUGUGGCAAUGUAUUUAAUUUAUUUAUUUAAUUUAAAUUUAAA